GUGGUUUGGAAUCCUGCAUAAUGAGACAAAGAAAUACAAAGGUACCAUUGAUCAUCAUGAGCCAACGCCCAUUGUGCUGUCAUUUGCAAUAUGUUUGCGUCGUAUAAGAGCGUACCCCGCUCAUACUCUAAACCACUCUCCAAAACAACCUGCUCGACAGACACCAUGCCUGGAAUGUUCCAAACCACACCCAUAUCCUUGUUCUUUCCGAUCGUGUCACUCGUUGUGACCUUAAUCCUUGGAGCGCUAGCCUGGUCUCGCGUAUCAUCCUCAUUCCUUCCGCUGCCGUCAUGGCUUCCAGUCCUAGCGACAUUACUCUCACCCCUGACUGCUGCUGCCCUAGCCGUGUCCAAUACAUCCAGCAGGAACGCAGCUAACGCUCCCAACCUGCUCUGGACCCGGAUCGCUUCGAUCGUCGACCAACUCCAUUCCGUCCUCCUAUCCGCAAUUGCAAGUGUGGCCUUGGCAUACCUCUUCCCUGACAAUAUACUCACCUGCCAUCUUGAGCAGCAAUGGCAGGCCUUUUUUCAGUCGAAGAACGCGCAUGCUAUCCGGACCAUUCAAGAUACCAAUCAAUGCUGCGGGCUCCGCAGUGUCCAUGACAGGGCGUGGCCGUUCAAGGAUCGCGACCAUGGAGACGAAGCUUGUGAAACGCAACUUGGUUACCAUCGCAGCUGCUUGACACCGUGGAGAGCACAGCAACAGAAUGCUUCUUGGAUGAUAUUUGCUGCUGCUGCUUUGAUUUGGGCGAUUAAGAUUGGGUUCGUUCAGUUUGGGGAUCGUCGCCCUAGUUGGAUGAGCACUGCCUCAUCAAGGAAUAACAGUGAAUACCGAAGGAUUACGCAGCCGGAAUUGCGGGAUGCGGAAGAAAACAACAAUGAUGCUGAGCGUGGAACUGGUAUCAACGGGACAUUUUCGCCUCAUGCCGGACAUAAUGUCUGGGAGGAGCGUUGAUUAUCCUUGAUUUUCCCUUUGUCUACCUUUCCUGGACCGUCUAGAAAUUAUGGCGAUGACAAUGAAAUCCCUAGUCGGAAAGACAUGGCUAAAAUGAGAUCUAUGCCCAUAUCCAUAUCUAAUCAAAUUUAAUAAAAACCCAAUCAAUCAUCAUAUGAAG